AUGUUAGCAAAGUACUUUAAGAGAGGGAUCUAUGCGGUCUGUAAAUUUGGCUUGAAGGCAUUUGAUUAUAUAAAAGAAAAUGGUGGAAUCGAUUCGGAAUCAUCAUAUCCAUAUGAAGCAAAAGAAGGUCCAUGUCGUUACUCAAAUCGAACUCGACUGUCAACUGAUAGCGGUAAAGUUGACUUGCCGGAAGGUGACGAAAUGCAGCUUCAAGAAGCAGUAGCAAAUAUUGGAACAAUAUCAGUUGCAAUUAAUGCGAGAUAUUUAAGCUUAUAUGACGAAGGUAUUUUCACACGUGCUAAUUGCUCAUCCGAAGAAUUAGAUCAUGGUGUUCUAGUGGUAGGUUACGGAACUGAAGAAGUACGAGGAAAAAAUCUCGAUUAUUGGAUUGUUAAAAAUAGCUGGGGUAAAGAUUGGGGUGAGAACGGUUAUUUCCGGUUAACAAGAAAUAAAAAGAAUAUGUGCGGCAUAGCAAGUGCAGCGAGUUAUCCGAUUGUACCGAAAGAAUUAAUAAUGUCAUUAAUGGAUUAA